AUGGGUGGAAUACCAUACGAAAUCGGAAAUCUUCCUAAUCUACAAAUUUUGGGAGUUCAGUUUAACAAUUUAGAAGGCAUAGUCCCUGCUACCAUAUUUAACAUCUCAACAUUGAUAGAACUUGCACUUACAGACAGCAAUCUUUCUGGGAAUCUUCCAUCAAGCACAGGCCUAGGGCUUCCAAACCUUGAGAGACUUUACUUGGGUGUAAAUAAUUUUAAUGGGACAAUAAGCUGCGUCACCAAUGCUUCCAAGCUCACUAUUCUCGAUAUGGGGGACAAUUCGUUCUCAGGCUUUAUUCCGGACACAAUUGGUGAUUCAUUAAGAAGCCUGAAUAUAUUGAGUCUAUCUGGAAAUUACUUGAGAUCUUCUUCUCCAGAUUUGAGUUUUCUUUCCUCUUUGACAAAUUGCAAGCACUUGAGGCUCUUACAAUUGACAGGAAAUCCCCUUGAUGGAAUGCUUCCGAAUUCCAUAGGUAAUCUUUCGCUCAACUUGGAAACAUUUGCAGUUGAUAAAUGCAGUAUCAGGGGCGGCAUUACUGAAGAAAUUGGUAACUUGAACAAUUUGACAGUCCUACGUCUAGGAAGGAAUGAAUUGACAGGAUCAAUUCCAGUUACACUUGGCCGAUUGGAAAAACUGCAAGGUUUGUACCUCGAAAGUAAUAAAUUACAAGGCCUUAUCCCGGAUGAUCUUUGUCAUUUGAAUAAUCUAGUUGAUUUGUAUUUGGGGGGCAAUAAGCUCUCCGGAUCCAUUCCUGCUUGCUUGGGUGGUCUCACUGGACUAAGAGAUCUUUCAUUAGGCUCUAAUGGAUUAACUUCCUUUAUCCCCUCAACAUUGUGCAACCUGAAAGACAUCCUGCAUUUAAAUUUGUCAUCAAACUCUCUAAAUGGAUCCCUUCCAUUAGAAUUUGGGAAUCUCAAGGUGUUGAUUGAUGUAGAUCUAUCAUGGAAUCAUUUGUCAGGUGAAAUCUCAGCUCCAAAUAUUGAAGGGCUUGCUGAUCUGACGCUUUUAAACUUGAGUCAUAAUAGAUUCCAGGGUCCAAUUCCUAGAUCAUUUGGUGAGUUGACAAGCUUGGAGUUCUUAGAUUUGUCCAAUAAUGAUAUUUCCGGAGAAAUUCCCAAGUCUUUAGAGAGACUAUUGUAUCUCAACUAUCUGAACUUAUCUUUCAAUCGGCUGCAAGGGGAAGUUCCUAGUGGAGGAGCUUUCGUGAAUUUUUCAGCUGAAUCAUUUAUGGGGAAUUUCGCUUUGUGUGGUUUAUCCUCAUUGCAUCUUCCACCAUGCAAAAGACACACACGAAGAUCAAGGAAAAUUCUUGUCAUUACUUUGUCAGUCUGUGUUCCAUCAACUUUACUUGCCUUUGCAUUAAUAUUUCUCAGUAGAAGACGACAAAAAAGAAGCACACAGCCACCUGCUGAUGCUCAUAUCUCACUACAACCAACAUGGAGAAGAAUUUCUUAUCAAGAAAUUGAGCAAGCAACUCAAGGAUUCAGUGAAACCAACCUUCUCGGGACAGGCAGUUUUGGGUCUGUUUACAAAGGAAGACUUCAAGAUGGGAUGGAAGUGGCCGUAAAGGUGUUCCAUCUGCAACAUGAAGGAGCAGUCAAUAGCUUUGAGUAUGAAUGUGAAAUUAUAAGCAGAAUUCGUCACCGAAACCUGGUCAAAAUCAUCAGUUGUUGUUCUAACUAUGAUUUUAAAGCCAUAGUGUUAGAGUAUAUGUGCCAUGGGAGCUUGGACAAGUGCUUAUACUCUAACAAUUGCAUUUUGGAUAUUCUGCAGAGACUGAACAUAAUGAUAGACGUUGCAUCAGCAUUGGAAUAUCUUCACUUUGGUUAUUCGCCCCCCAUAGUUCACUGCGAUUUGAAGCCCAGCAAUGUACUGGUAGAUCAAAGUAUGGUCGGCCAUUUAAGUGAUUUCGGCAUUGCAAAACUCUUGGGUGAACAAGUUUCUAUGACGCAAACACAAACUCUUGCCACAAUCGGCUACAUCGCACCAGAAUAUGGCAAAGAAGGAAAAGUAACUAGAAGAUGUGAUGUUUACAGCUUCGGUAUUAUGCUAAUGGAAACAUUUACGAGGAAGAAGCCAACAGAUGAAAUAUUUACAGAAAAAAUGAGCCUAAAGACCUGGGUUGGUGAAUCAUUGUAUAACACUGUAAUGGAAGUUGUGGACACGAAUUUACUAAGAAGGGAGGAUGAACAUUUUUCUGCUAAAGAGCAAUGCAUUUCAUCUAUUUUCAGUUUGGCCAUGGAGUGUUCAAGAGAAUCACCCGAGACAAGAAUCAACAUAAAAGAGGUAGCAAAUCGGCUCUUGAAAAUUCGAGCCACAUUGCUGGAAAAUAUUCAGGGGGUUGGAUAUAGAAUGAAUUUAAAUUGAAGAGUUAUCAUAUAGUUAUUAGGAGUAAGCCCACACAAAUUUAAUCGUCUUUUCAAGACUAAACCAACCACAUCAAACAAAUAAAAUCAUAAAUCCAGUUAUCAGUUUCACCAUCACUGUCCAUGUCCCCUCCAUUGCCAUUCAAGCUAUCGCUCGGGUUAUAUUAUUGUUUUUGUUUGUUCAUACAAAAUAGUGUUUGUUUGUUCAUGCAAUAUUUUAUAUCCACAGGGUUUCCCUGUGUUUCGGCCAUAGCAUAAUUUAACUGUU